ACAUUUCUCUUCCUGACGAAUCAUAACAAGUUGCACUCGUGUCAAAUUAAACGUGGUGUGUCAUGAGAUGGAAAUCACAUGCUGUAGUCUGGGGUUGGGCAGUUUUCCAACAUUAGUACAAGGUCUGUGGUGGACUAUAGUGACCUACUUUCAUUUUAAGGGUAUAAACCUGUCAUGAAUGAGCAACAAUUAUCUUUGGGUUAGGGUUAGUAAAUGUGUUUUUUUUUCUUCUUUUAAAUGUGGGACACUAGUCACAGAACUCAAGGGUUCAUGCACUUUGAGGAAGAUUGCAAAUUGUAUUAGGCUACAAAAAAACCCGACAGACAAACACAAACAAACUGAAUAAAUCAGCACAAAAAAAACAACAAAGAUCAAACGAACAACAGCAAAAAACGAACAAAUUAAUAAUUGGGAUGAGCAACCCCCGCCCCCAACAAGAAAAAAAAAAAACGAACUCGAAAAUGUUGACCAAACGCGGCUUCCGUAUAUUUAUGUCAUUGGCUGUCUUCCUAGUCCUCUGAUUGGAUGCUGCCGCCGAGGUGGAGUUUUUGAUCUGCCGAACAGGGAAGUGAUGGUCGGACGCGGGUUCAAAGUUUUUUAAACAGUUACAAAACAAAAUAACGUCGAGAAGCUCCACGUGACGGCUCUGGCUUCCUGGUGUUGUGCCCAGCCUCCGCCAUCUUGCGCCUGCCUUUGAACCGCAGGCUCGUUGAGUGAAGCGGUAGGUAAGAAACCUAGCGAUGGCCGAAACACUCGUGACAGUUGUGUGUCUCCUCAGCUCCGCGGCGCUCACAGCCGCUCGCGCGCCUCACAUCGUCUUCGUCCUGGCCGACGACUUCGGCUGGUACGACGUCGGGUACCACGGCUCCGAGAUCCGGACUCCGAACCUGGACCGGGUGUCAGCCGGAGGGGUCCGCCUGGACAACUACUACGUCCAGCCUAUCUGCACCCCGUCCCGGAACCAGCUCAUGACAGGGAGGUACCAGAUUCACACAGGCAUGCAGCACCAGAUCAUCUGGCCCUGUCAGCCGUACUGUGUGCCCCUGAACGAGAAGCUACUGCCCCAGUACCUGAAGGAGGCGGGCUACGCCACACACAUGGUGGGCAAGUGGCACCUGGGCAUGUACAAGAAGGACUGCCUGCCCACCCGCCGCGGCUUUGAUACAUAUUUCGGCUACCUGACAGGCAGCGAGGAUUACUACACCCAUGGGCACUGUUAUCCCAUCUCUGCCCUGAACCUCACCCGCUGUGCGUUGGACCUGAGGGAAGGAGAAGAAGUUGCCACCGGAUACAAAGGCGUCUAUUCGACUGAACUGCUCAGCCAGAAGGCCAUCGGCAUCAUUGAGAAGCACAACUCUGACAAGCCGCUCUUCCUGUAUGUGGCGCUGCAGGCAGUCCAUGCUCCCCUGCAGGUGCCAGAGCGCUACCUGAGCCCUUACCGUUUCAUCAAGGACACCCAUCGCAGGUUCUACGCCGGCAUGGUGUCGGCCAUGGACGAGGCAGUGGGCAACAUCACCCUGGCUUUGCAGCAGGCAGGACUUUGGGAGAACACGGUGCUUGUGUUCUCGACAGAUAACGGAGGUCAGACAUUGAGCGGCGGCAGCAACUGGCCACUGCGAGGCAGGAAGGGGUCCCUGUGGGAAGGUGGCGUCCGGGGAGUAGGAUUUGUCGCCAGCCCGCUACUGAAACGACCCGGAACCGUCAGCCGCGAACUGAUCCACAUCUCCGAUUGGCUGCCUACACUCGUUGGCCUGGCGGGAGCGAUCCCCAACACCACCAAUCCCCUGGACGGAUUCAACGUGUGGAACACAGUCAGCAACGGGUUUGCCUCACCCAGACUGGAGCUGCUGCACAACAUCGACCCUCUCUUUACAGACAUCGCUCCAUGUCCUGGCAGGGAGCAUCAGUUAACUUUGGCUGAGGGGGUCAGCAGAGACUCCUGGGCCAACUCCGUCUUCAAUGUGUCCAUUCACGCCGCCAUCCGAUCCUCAAACUGGAAGCUGCUGACUGGCUUCCCGGGUUGUGACAUUUGGUUCCCGCGGCCCGGCUUCAACCGCUCCCGGUCGAGCCCCUUCAAGCCGGAUCCUCUGAAGCCAGUGAUGCUGUUUAACAUAGAGAAGGAUCCAGAGGAGAGGGAGGACGUGUCUGCUUGGUUCCCCUCGGUGGUGGAUAAUCUCCUCAGUCGGCUCCACCAACACCAAAAAAGUGCCUUGCCCAUAAACUUCCCCGACGACGACCCCAGAUGUGACCCAGGCCCCACCGGAGCCUGGGGACCCUGGGCAUAGCUGGAGGAGGAUGGUGAUGAACAUUGUGGAGGUUGUAGCACUAUGCUUAUUGCUGUGAAAUUGGUAACAGCUGGAAUGUCCGUUGUGGAGAAAAAAUAAAAUUUUACUCUAUGAUAGACAUUUUACCAACACCAAAUAAGUUCAUGUAACCUCAAUUAUCAUGCAGAUUUUUUUCAAGGAAAGUAUUUCAGUUGCUUGCUUUGCAGAAACUUAAGUGGGACACGUCAUCCAUCCGUUCAUUGACAUUCAUCGCCCAUGAUGCUUUCAGAGGUUAGAUUAUAACGAUUGCGUAACCUUUUAGCAGCACAUGUUGCUGAUUUGUAAAGACCAUCUCCCCGCUGUUUCAGGUAUUUGCACUUCGUUUAUCUACUGUUGAGAAGCCGCAGGCCCCUUGUAUUUGUCAAGCACAAAGCUGCACAGAAAUAGCUGGCUGUAUUUAAUCGGAGGAAAAUGUCACCGACCGAACUAUGGAGCCUCUGAAAAGUAUAUUUAAGCUUUUUUUUUUUAAAAGGAUUGUACUGGAGAGAGUAAAACUUCAGAUGUGUGUGCGAGAGUGAGUUGGAGCUCAAUGUUGACUUUGGCCAGAUUUUGAUAUUUAUAGCUGCGUAUGCCAGAAUUUUUAUGCUGAAAAUCGAUGAAGUGACUGUUUGUAUUGUGCAAGCGAUCCCUCGCAGUGAUGAACCCACCGAGGAUUGUCCCUGCAUCCUGCCAUUUCUCUCAGCUCUUCAAUAUUUCUGGCAUAUUUAGGCUCAUUGUUCAGGCCGUGCAACUUCAUCGGCAGCGAUUUUUUUGGCUGCAGCUGUAUCAGCAACAAAGCUCCGAUGAACCCACUGUGCAUCAUCUCCGGAGCACCAAGCAGCUAACAGACUACUGACUGGUGAACACAGUGGAGCCUCCAGCGGCGAACAAGUCAGACCUUUCCCUCAGGAGUCGCUGGAGACCUGUAGCCCUGUUUGUGACCUCAGCACUUUGUACUUUACUCCAUGAUUUGGUCAUUGAUCAUGCCCUAAGCAAACAUUUUCAUGGUCUCAUGGAUUGCCGCCCUCCGCCCAAAAUGCUAUAAUGUUUGCUCGGAGCAAAACCAAUGUUUAAACACAAUAUUGGCGCAGACUGUGCCAUUCAGCUUUGCAAAUGCAACUUAAUUCUGCUGUGGACAUCCUGCAGAUCGCAAAAGUUUAGCUGUGAAAUGGAAGGAUGCAUUUUCGGUGCCCCUGGUUCAGGAAAGGGGAGAGCCACAUACUGUACAUAAUGUCAGGCGACUCACAGCUGGAAAACUCCUUGGCUUUUAGCAGAAUGACGCAAUCUACCGGGUAAUCAUCAGUCCAAAUGAUUACAAACUGCAUCAGUGGGUUUCAUUUAAGUUGAAGUUUUGUUUUUAAGAAGAAAAAAAUAAAUUUUCCACUAUUUGGAAAUGCA